UCUUUGGCGUACAAAUAUUUAUUGCGUAUACGCCACGUGUGGCCGUAGUCAGCAAAAAACGAUUUUUUCUGGCUAGGUGUUAAAUGCGUUUACAUAUCAGUGGCGCGGCGGUUGCCGCCUCCUUCAGUGCAACUAUAGAAUAGAAGUGAAAGUGCCGAGAUUCGCAUUAUUUCUGCGUAGGUGAACAUUUAUCACUGCUCUGUGGGAGGAGCACAGCAUGCGCUUGUGGAAAAAUCGAUCCAAAAUGCGAAUAGCCACAAUUGGCAUGGUGCCCACCACCACCACCAGCAGCUACCCCACCACAGCCAGCUUCAGCGCACCACUUCGCAUAACGCAGCUGGCACAGUUACUUAUCGGCGGUAUUCUCUACACAGCAAUUGCAUCUCAUCCACAGACAAGAGCAGCUGCCACCGCAACAGCCACCGUCGCCGCCAGUUUUGAUGCGAGUAAUGUGGAUACAUCUUCGUCGGCGGCUGCUAGUUUUCUGGGAGCGGCUCAAGUGUCGUCCUUGCUGCCAGAGGUUGGCGCCCUGAUGGCCACUGGUGUCCUUGUUGAGCCCUAUCUGGACGGCUAUGCCACAUCGAAUGUUACCACACAGAUUGGCACCCACGCGUAUCUGCCUUGUCGGGUAAAGCAGCUUGGCAACAAAUCCGUUUCCUGGAUUCGUCUACGUGAUGGCCACAUACUCACAGUUGACAGAGCUGUCUUCAUUGCGGAUCAGCGCUUUCUGGCACUCAAACAGCCAGACAAAUACUGGACACUGCAAAUCAAAUAUGUGCAGGCGCGGGAUGCUGGCACCUACGAGUGUCAGGUCUCCACGGAGCCCAAAGUCAGCGCGCGCGUGCAGCUGCAAGUUGUUGUUCCUCGCACGGAGAUACUUGGCGAACCGGAUCGCUAUGUCAAAGCUGGCAGCAAUGUCGUCCUGCGCUGCAUUGUGCGUGGCGCCUUGGAGCCGCCAACAUUCAUCAUGUGGUAUCACGGUGCCGAGCAGCUGGCCGCUGAUUCUCGUCGCCAUCGCACGCAAUUGGAUCCGAAUUUGCCAGAGGCCAGCGGUGAGGGCCAGAGCACGAUUGGCUCAUUAAUCAUCGAGUCGGCCAAGAAGCGUGAUACUGGCAAUUACACUUGUAGUCCGUCAAAUAGUCCCAGUGCGACGGUAACGCUCAACAUUAUAAAUGGCGAAUCAUCGGCCUCGGCGGUGACGUCAUCAGCGCCUAUUACACGGGCAUACACUUUCAGCAUUCUGGCAUUGUUAAUCAGUGUUAUACUCAUUGGGGUUAAGCAACGCACAUGACAAGUUGAGGCUGCAGUCAUGAAUAUGAUUUAAGCUAAGGAAUAUUAGGAAAUGAGGAAACGCUGUUGAAGCACAGCAGCCAUUGGCUUAAGUAAUAUACAAAUAUGCAGCCAAAAUUAUAAAUAUACA